GGACGCUUGAAAAAGGGAAGAUUUGACCACGCUCGACGGCGGGCGCUCGGCACUCUUGAAUCCAUCUUCGUCCAUGUCAGUUCUAGCGUACAUCCACGUCACGCUAGCUGGAGCGAAGCGGCAGAUUCCAGCCCCCGUCGCGACGUUUGGGGCUCACGCCCCGCAUACAUACAGUGGGUCGUUGGUGCACGUCGUCCCUGCAACAGCUUUUCCGUCCAUUCAAAACACAUCCGCUUUGCGAGGUCGCAUUGCUGCAGUCCAGCGUGGCGAUUGCUCGUUCGCCGCCAAAGCGAAAAGCAUUCAAGCUGCGGGUGCAAUUGGUAUGAUUCUCAUAAACUCGAGCGAGGAACUCGUGCGAAUGGGAGAAGCUUUUGAUCGAGAAGGUGAUGGCGUCGACAUUCCAGUGCUCAUGGUCGGCCAAGUUCUGGGCAAGUCGCUUCGCGACGGGAUUCACGCAGUCUUAGAAGUCAAGCACGAACCACCUAAAUCCUUCUUGCAAGCAGGGGUCGAAGCCGUCAAGAAGACUGUCGAGCACACAAACGAAGUUGUCCAAGCGGGUGUAGACGUCGUGAAAAGAAGCGUGGAAGGGUACACAAAGGACCCCGAGAUCGUGCACUUUUUGGCUCCAUCGUCCGCUUCAUGUCCUCAAACGCCUCGUAUCUCCUCGUCGUUGGAUGCUGCAUCAACGCUACCUAUUCCCCCGCUCCCACCAGUGUUUGCCUUUGUUCUCUACGCGACGUCCGCCGACGAAUAUCACGUUCAAUUUGCCCCGCUUGCCGACUUUGGCUUUCGGCAGCGCAAGAAGUUGUACUUUCGAAGCCGACUUGUCACUGCCGCUCCCCGCACCGCCCAUCCCACGCUGACCAACAAACCAGAGUUUGCCGGCGCCAUUGCACUUGUCGAACGUGGAGGGUGCACGUUCCCUGAAAAGAUCGAAAGGCUCCAGCAGGCCGGAGCUAUCGCAGUCAUUGUCGCCAACAAUGACGUGGCCAACCCCACAUCGGCGUUCGUGAUGAGUGUUGACCAAAUGGCUGUCGACCACAUCGCGAUCCCGGCCGUGAUGCUUCCGUACGCCGUAGCCCAGCAUGUGUCGACCCAUUCCCCCGAGAAUGUGGGCAUUGUGUGCCUAGAAGGCGCGGCCGCAGGCAUCCUCCUCGCAAACCCCUCGACGGCGUACUCGUUGUGGAGUCCUCCACCCGAGUCUACAUUGCCGCCACUGUUGCAGGCCGCUCGCAGCGGCAAUACUUCGAAUCUGCAGUCCCUUCUAAGUCAACCCGGAUCAUCCUCCAACUCCCCUCGACUGGCUGACGCGUACAACGUGUCAGCGCUGCACCACGCGUGCAUCGGCGGAUCCGUUGCCGCGGUGCAGCUCCUCCUCGCCGCUGGUGCCCACGUCGAUGCUCUAGACUUGGGCUCUCAAACGCCGCUUCAUUACGCGUGCAUGGCGCCAAGUGUCGACUGUGUUCAGGAGCUCGUGUCGGCCGCCGCGCACACACUGGCCGUCAACGAAGGCGGUAGCACACCGCUGCAUAUGGCGUGUUUUGCUGGCAGUACUGAGUGCAUGGAGGUACUCCUCACGGCCACCGCAACAACGGACGCCAGCGGCAAGUACGUGUUCCAUGGCGUUAACGGUAUCAACAAGAGCGGGCGAACUCCGCUGCAUGUGGCCUGUCGGUAUGGCCAUGGGGACUGCGCCAUGUACCUGAUGGCUGCCGGAGCCGAUGUGAACGUUAUGGAUCACAAGGGUUGGACCCCCAUGCAUUAUGUUUGCGAUCGCAUGAAUCUAGUGUCAAGCGACGCGACCAGCUCGUCGACUCUUGCGGCGGUCAAGGCUGAGCUCCAUGUGGUGGAGCAAUUGCUACGCCAUGGAGCGAACAUGAUGGACACAAAGGCGUCGGGUGACGACAGCGCGCCGCCGCUGAUUUUGGACCGCAUUCGGUCCAAUUCCGUUCGUCGAGAUGUCGAAGUGCUGUAUUUGCGACGGGAAGUUGCUGUCCAUCGAAGCCUGGCUGCGUCGUGGCCACACGAAUGGAGUCGCAUGCAAGCGAGUUUGCAGCAGGUGGUGCACAUGGCAAAGACCGAAGCGGCCGCGGUGACCCAGGAACUGCGGCGAACGGUCGACACUCAGCAGCGCAUGAUCCACCACAUGCAGUGCCAGCUCACGUCCGUCCUGCAAAUCUUGCAAGGGGGUCCUGCGGCGAUAUCAACAGUACGCGAUUCGACUGCAGCUGACGUUGUGACGGAUCCGUUGGUUGCCAACGAGACCAAGCCCAAAUCAGACAUGGAACGAGCACAAGAAGCUGCCUUGGCCAGGGACCUCGGCCGCAAGUGCAUGCGAGCCAAACAGUAUGCGCUGGCCAAGUCGUAUUUUGAAUCGUCGCUGCAGUGGUAUGCAUUGCCAGGUGUACGGCGCCUCUUGGACCAAGUCGUUGGGCUCCUCGCGGCUCCUUCGACCGGUGUUUUGCCAUCACAACUAUCGAUGGCCAUCCUGAUCCAGACCUACCGAAGUAAACUCGAGACUGCUGGCAUGCCUUCCGAUGUCGUGGCGACGGUCGAGGCGGAAAUCGCAGCCCUGGAAUCCGUCGACCCAUCGAGCACACAGUUUUCCAUGGUAAAAGCUUGGUUGGAUUGGCUCGUGGGGCUUCCGUGGCAUGACCAGCUUCCAUGCGGCACAAGUUUAGAUUUGUUCCAUCGCGUGAAUCAAGUCCAAGAGGAUUUGGUGGCCGCCAAGCGGAACGCCGCUGCAAUUGUCGUCCAGCGCGCUGUGCGGCAUCACAUGUCUGUUCGACUGUUCCAACGGCAAUGGGCUGCCACCAUCGUCCAAGCGCGACUUCGCGGCAUGCAAUGCCGAAGAAGGAUGCACAAAAUGCGAGAGCCCGCAGUGUCGAAUCAAGCGGUCGACGCCCCCUUGGUGCAGCCAUCACCUGCGUCGACAACCACGCCACGCGAAAGAAAUGACGACGUUGACUUCCACAUAACUGUGGACCCGACACUUGGAAAGCCGACCGCGAGGCUCGUCCGUGGCGUACAGCUCCAGCAAGGAACGAUUCCCGACAAAAAGUACAUCCUGCAGUGGCUCAUGCUGCCAGAAACUCACGAGCAGUACGUGUGGACGCGGUGGUGCAGCCACAACGGAAAGGUUGCAUGCGCGCUGAAAGGGCCGUACGACGCCACCACCGACGACGCUCAGAUCGAGUUUGAAAAGAUAUUCAAGUUAAAGACGCAUUGCGAGUGGGGCGCGCCGACAGUUGCGUGCGACGCAGGGAGCUGCAGCUCCUCCGGUAUCGAAUCGACGGCGCCGCUUUGGACGUAUCGACCACCCACGUCGACAUUCGCCGCCAACCAAGUCGCAUAGUAGCAUGCACGCGAGUUUCAAAACAACAUGAACAAUCGUAAUAUUGACGGCGGACGAGCUCUUCCGACUGGGGUCUUUCGUCAAUGCUG